AUGCACCGGAUUUCACAUGCCUUUACGCUGAUUGAAAUACUCAUUGUCGUUGUCAUUCUCGGGAUUCUUGCGGCGAUUGUCGUGCCUCUGAUGGCAGGAGCGAGCGAGGAUGCUUCGGUUGCGACCGCACAGACCGAGCUCAACAAGGUGCGUCGUGCGAUCGAGGUUUACCGGGUAUCCAAUGCCAACACAUUGCCUGUCGUGACGGCGGGAGAUGGUACUUGGGGACCGAUUGUGAGCCGGGAGUAUCUGCGAGAGCCGCCGACGAACCAGUAUGUGAAUGGUGCGAACUCGAGGGUGAUCACGAUCGGGACAGGUCCUGACAGCGCUUUCCAAACAACGCAUGGCUGGAUCUAUGACAGCGCGACUGGAGAAGUCUGGGGGGAGGAUGGUGCUAUGACGCGACACAUGCGAUCGAAAUUCAACUCCACCAAACACACUGUUCAGCGUUCUCGCGGGCGUGGGUACACGCUGAUCGAAAUGCUGAUUGUGAUUACGAUCUUGGGUACUUCCGCGGCGAUGGUGAUCCCUUCGAUGGGAUCGGUCGGGGUGCUUCGGAUCCAAGCCGCGGUGCGAUCGGUGGUUGCGGAUGUCACCUUUGCUCAGAUGGAUGCGCUGGCGUAUCAGGAGGAGCGUGCGGUGGUCUUUGAUGAGGAUGGGAACUUCUAUACACUGACGCGCGUUCCUGGAGGGACGAUUGAUCCGGAUGCGGAUGCGUUGUUUGAUCCGAAGGGGCCUGAUCAGCGGUAUCGCGUGAUGCUCGAUGAGGAUCGGUUCGGCGGAUCAUUCUUGCGUGAUAUCAGUCUGAACGGUGGGACGGCGAUCAUCUUUGAUGAAAUGGGGGCGCCGAUCGCGUCGCCUUCAUCCUCGACACUUUCGGAUGGUGGAUCGAUCCAGAUCCAGGGUCCCGACUCACGAUUCCGGAUCGAUAUCGCGGCGUUUACCGGUCGUGUAUCGGUUUGUUCUAUGAACACCAAACAUGACCAACGGCGAUCUCGUGCUCUGACUUUCAUGCUCUCGCUGGGCAUGCUUGCUGGAGUGCUUAUCUGGGCGAAGCUCCGUCUCGUGACGGAUCUUCCACGCAGUGCGCUCGCGGUUCCGAAGGAAGUUGAACAGACUGAGCACGAUCCGGAGAUCGUGGAUGAUCAGGGCGAUUUGGACGAGGAGUCCGAAUCGGAUGAGCAUCGGAAAGUCGAACAGGACGACUGA